AACAAAAAAAAAACAGUGCAAUUUCAUUCACAAAAAUGUCGCAACAAAUUUUUAAAUCAAUUGCUGGUUUAAUAAAUCAUCAAAGGAAACAAAUUUUGUUAUGCACUACCAACCAUGUCCAGUAUUUGACAAAAUUACAACACACAGAUGCCGGUCAACAAAAGGAUGGAAAAACCCCACCUAUAGCCGAUUUAACAUCUAGAGACCACAAACUUGACAAGGAAACACAGCGUGAAGUUCAGCAUCAUGGCAAUUUGGCCAAGGAUUGGUGGGAUAUAAAUGGUACAAUGAAAGCAUUACAUUCUCUAAAUGCUAUAAGAGUACCUUUCAUACGUGACGGCCUAGUGGCACGUGGCAACAUCCCACCAGAAUUAGUCAACACUUGCCAAGUAUUAAAGGGUCAACAAAUUCUAGAAGUAGGCUGCGGUGGUGGCAUUUUAACCGAACAAUUGGCUCGCUUAGGAGCUCAAGUGACAGGCAUUGAUUUGGGUGAUGAACUAAUACGUGCAGCACGCGAGCAUCUAUCACAAGUGGCCAGUCCAGCACUAUGUGACCUGAUACAAUAUAAAAUUGAACCUAUAGAUGUUCAUGUCAAAGACAAAGUGAAUUAUUACGAUGCCGUCAUAGUCUCUGAAGUAUUGGAACAUGUAGAGGAUAAGAUUGCUUUACUAACAGCAAGUGUUCAGUGUUUAAAGCCUGGUGGUUCUCUUUUCAUUACUACCAUUAAUAAAACUAUACCCAUGUGGGUGGGUGGUGUGCUGUUGGGUGAAUAUGUUUUAAAAAUUGCCCCCGUUGGUACACAUCAUUGGAACAAAAUGAUUAGUCCUUUGGAUGUGCAAAGGAUUUUGGAUACAAUGGGCUGUCAUACUGUCGUUAUUAACGGCAGCACUUACGAUUUUUGGCGUAAUACCUGGCGCUGGAUAAACUCAACUGAUAUGUGUUAUGCUCUUCAAGCGGUUAAAACGGAAAUUUAAAGUAUUCACUAUAUUUUUUAUUAAAGACUUGUUAAUUAUAAUUUUUAUUUCAUUUAUGUUGUGUUAUAUUUUCUAAAAAAUAAAAAAAUUACAAGAAAUAUUAUGUAAAA